UAAAUUUCUGUACUCCUCUUUCGAUGCUUCUGUUUUCUGCCUCAAUUUUUCACAGCGUCGUCGAAAUUAGAGGUACAUUUAGUGCGGAAAAACUAAAUUUUUAAAGAGAAUUUUGCGUUUGUUAAGAUAUAAAAAUAGGUUCAAUAACAAGACGGUAGGAAUUGUGUAAAAAACAAAUAUUAAGUUAUCGAGCGGCGAAAAUUAAAAUGGGUAGAGUGCAUAAGAAGAAAAUCGCAGAAUAUGCGGAAUCUGCUGAAAAUGAAAACGAACAAGAUGAGGAAACUAAAAAGGGCGCCACGGUGGAGUCUAAUAGCGACGAGUCGGAUGUUGAAGGGGUUGGUGAAGAGGACGUUGAAGGAAAGAAAAAGCAAAGCGUUGUAAGAGAUCAAACACGUCCCGAAGGGAAUACCGAUGAUGAAUUCCAUUCUGUACAGGGUAGCGCCACCGAUGAUGAACAGGAGGAUGGUAGUAGCGGUACAGGCGGCAAGAAAGGUAAUAAGCGUAAAGUGGCAUCAGAGAAACUGAUCGACGAAAACAAUGAUGAUUUGGAUAGUGACGAUGAACCAUUAAAUGGUGGCGGCGGCGGCGGCAGUAGUGCAAAGAAAGGUCGAAAAUCGGCUGGAGUUGGAAAACAGAAAAUCGCCGGCAAAAAUGGUAAAGUCGUUGGUAGGCGUGCCAAGGGCAAGAAGGCACAAGCUAAGUCUCAAGCAGUUGCGGAGGAAGAAGAGGAGGGGGAGGAAGUAUAUGAGGUUAAAGACAUUGUGGGUCAUAAGGUUGAACAAGGUGUUACUUACUACUUAAUACGCUGGAAGGGCUACACUAAAGAUGACGACACUUGGGAGCCUGAAGAUACGCUAUCAUGUCCGAAUAUAAUAGACAAAUAUAAAAAUAAGCAAUCGGCCAGCAAAUCGAACAAAAAAAGUGGUGUGGCCGCUAAGAAGGCACGCCCAGCAAAAGGAGAAUUGUCGACUGACCCAAAUAAAGAGUGGGAAGUUGAUAAGAUAAUAGAUUAUGCCGAGGAGAAGAAUCAACGUAUUUUUCGUAUACGUUGGAAGGGAUUUGGACCGAAGCAUGACACAUGGGAGCCUGAAGCGAAUUUAUCAUGCGACGAAAUUAUCGAUAAAUUCAUGAAACGUAUGAAAUCACAAGAGAAUGUAUCAUUCAAAGAACUUCGCGAAGAGCCAAAAAAGACAAAAAGGCUCGUUAACGAAACAUCACCGCGUACAAAUUAUCAUAAUCCGAUCGGACGCAAAUCUAAGCGUGCAGUUUCAAAGAAGAGAGUUUACUAUGGCGAUAGCGAUGAGUAAUUUGUAAUUGGUCGACCCUGUUUUUUUUUAUGUCUAUGGCGUUUCUGUUUCCCGAAAUGAUCGUUUUUGCAGGUCUGGCUAUACCUACGCAUGCUGCUUUAACUUUUUUUACUGCAAUUUAAAAAUUACUUUUUUAACUUUUACAGAUUGUUUGGUUAAAUUGUAUAUCAAAUUUUUCACAGAUAGAUUUUAUUAAACCUCACUUUUUCUUAAUUCUAUUCAGACUUGCCACGAUUCCUCACUAAGAAUUACUAAAAUGAAAAGAGAAUUUAAGUAUUUUUCAUAUUAUCGUGGCAUGCUGUAGGUGUUGAUAGCAAAAAUUAAUUAAAAGAAAGACAUAAUACGCGGUUUGUCAAUACAAAUUGAGUAAAAUUAUUUUAUCUUAAAGAAAAAGGUUACACAAAUUCUAAAAAAACAAUUUCUAGAAUUACAAAUAUCUGUAUGGUUCUAGCAUUUUUAAGAAUAAAUAUAAAUGAGUAAAAAUGUG